AUGUGGGCUCUGGGAAUCAAUGGGACUGUGCACGGAGAAGAAGCUCAGUCCCUUUCUGAUGAGGAGGAGCUGACAAGCCACCUUCCAGAGAAGGUGGCCAGGCCAGUCACGGUGCCCAAGGGGUCUGAGGGCCAGUGCAUUAAGGUAGGAUUUCGCAUCCAGAGAACAGAGGAGCCUGGUCAAUACACCACCUUUUCAGGCCAUAAGAUCUUCUAUAUCUAUGAGCUGCUGGCAAGAUGGGUGUCACCCAGUGCGGGAUAUACAUGCUGCCGGGGGGUGGUGGUGGUGGCGCAGGAGCAUGGUGGCAUGAUGGGGGUGACCAUGCAGCUGCUCCUGCUGACUGUGGUUCUGACCCUGCCCUCUGUGGAGCAAUCAUCCUACAGGAAUCCUAGAUAUAUUGCCACUGUUGACAAGCUUCUAGGAAAGUGGUACAUAACUCACUGGGCAGGAAACCUGCCUAUAUCUGCAAAGAAGAAGCUCAGCCCACUGCCACCCUUCACCUUUGUCAAAAACAUUCUCAGCAAGUUGGAGUUUAGGAUGAAUGUCUCAAAACCCACUGGGUGUAUUGAGUUCAAGAUAUGUCUGGAUGAAGAUAAAAAUGAACCUAGUAACUUCUAUAUCUGGCCAAAGCAUAGGAUCAUCAUUGAAUUCCUGGGUGGAAAGGACUUUGCUAUUGCCUUCCAUGUCAGCAGCAUCAACAAACUAACCUACAUGAUGACAAUGCUUAUGGGUAGAAACAUGGCUCCAAAGCGAACACUACUAUUGGAUUUUGAAGAUAUUGUAGAAGACCUAGGGCUGAACAAAACAGAUAUUAUCAACCCUAGAUGUGAUGCCAUGGAGUCUCAGCCACAGUGGAUUCGUGCCCUGAAGGAGGAAUGGAAUGGAGAACCUCAGAGGAUACAGCAGUAG